CCCAACCAGAUCCCGAUGUCCAGACAAAGUUGACACGGUAGAAGAGCCCACUCGACAUCCACAGGGUAAACCCCCUAUCGGGAUCCAUACCCUGACAGUUGGGAUCCAGUUCGAAAACCUUGUUCAAGGUGUGCUGCCUGCUUACCCCGUACACGAGGAACAAGCUAGCCGAUCAAGUCUCUCUGGGUCACAUUUCUUUUUUCGAUACUUCAACUGUUGCUCCUCGCCAGAAAUCGGUUAGCUAUCCUGACUAGAUCCUGGAGGAAAUAAAUAAAACUUUAACUCCUAUUCAAGACAUACCCGCAGAAUGAAAGUGGCUGCUGAUGAUCCGUUCUUGGAAACAGUAUACCCAUAAACUCCCCAUGACUUUAACUGUUGACCUUUAUCUGGGCCAUGCUUCUUUUCAUGCAUGAUUCUUAUGUGGAAAUUUGGAAACUGAAUAGUACCUUCCACAGCCUUGCUUCACUCCGCCACACAUUCCCUCCACGAUGGCCCAUGCCACCCCCUUCCAAAAAGAAGCAUGGACGGAAUACGGCAUAGGCGUGAUUAUCAUAUUACUCCGUGUUUUCGCACGUUUUAGAGUGGUCGGAGUCAAGAACUGGCAAGGAGAUGACUACUUCACGUUUGUAGUUCUCGCCUUCUGGACUGCAGAACUAACCAUGUUGGAACUGAUCGGCCAAUAUGGCACCAAUAUCGGACUUGAUGAUGCUCAAAGGGCCUCGCUGACCCCCGAGCAAACCGAGAUUCUCGCCCGUGGUUCCAAGUGUCUUCUCGCCGGCUGGACUUGUUACGUGACCCUGAUCUGGUCACUGAAAGCCUGCAUGCUGUUUUUCUACAACCGCCUUACGCUGGGCCUUGUCCAACAAAAGCUCGUCAAAUUUAAUGCCGUGCUUUGCGCAAGCACAUACAUUGCCGUUAUCCUGACUAUCUUUCUCCACUGUCGUCCACUGGAAAAGAACUGGCAGGUUUAUCCAGAUCCUGGUCUCAACUGCUCUGCUGACUAUGUGAACUAUAUCGUAAUCGCGGUGACCAAUGUCUCAACAGACGCAAUUCUCGUGUGCAUUCCCAUUCCCUUAUUAGCUAAAGUGCGACUCGCAUUGCGUCGAAAGCUGAUUAUCGGAGUUCUCCUAUGUGGCGGUGUCUUCGUCAUGAUCGCAACGCUCCUCCGCUGUAUUCUCUCCCUGCAGAGUAUCAACAGCAUCAACACCAGUACCAUCUGGGCUAUUCGCGAAACGUUCGUCGGUAUCAUCGCCGUCAACGCUCCCUGCAUCAAACCGCUCUUCAGCACCUCGACCUGGCUCGGGUCCUCGGAAGACCAGUACUCAUCCUCGCGAAAGAAGGGUAGCUACAGUUUAUCAGUUUUCGGGAAGUCGAAGCCUAGUCAGUUGGAGUCGACGAAGAGUACGAAGGUGGGCGGGCGAUCCAGUGAUGAGUUCAUCCUACAUGGCGCGGGAACUCGUACUUUUGUCAACGAUGGGCAGACAGGGCGGUCCGAGAGCCUGUCAGAUGAGGAGGCGGGAGGGCACCCAAUGGGGGGCAUUCAGGUUACCACGAUGUAUGAGAUUCGGAGGGAUGGGUCUCGACAUGAGUGAUUGAGUUUUGUAUUAUCGGUCUACCGACUUUAAUGUAUGCUUUGGGUGGCUGGCUGGGCGGUCUUUGUGAGUGUGG